AUGAUACAGUCAAUGAUUCCAAUAUUGUUAUUGAUACUCCACUGUAACAGUAAAACUACUGAUGGAAGAGACCAAUUAUCACAAAAUUAUCCCUUUGGAAUGAGAAACCAAAAUACUAAAUUUAAUGAGUACUUUUCAAGUGCUGUUGAUAGUUAUCAGAUUCAACAAUUUGCUGAAAGUGGAGUUUUUAAUGCAAAUCAAGAGAAUUAUGUUAGAGAGAAAUGUAAAACAUGCUGUAGAGUUAUUUUUGCAUCAGACUAUAACUAUAAGACCGAAAAACAAUUUACUGAUGAAGAUGACAAGAAUGAAACACCAAGGUAUGUCAUGGAUAUGGAAUUUGAUGAUAAAAGAUCUGUUAGAUAUCCAGAUGGGAAUUAUGAACAAAAUGUUCUUUUAAGACCAUUAAAACAAGGAAAUGAACUUCAAUUCUUUGAAUUUGCACCAUACAGAAUGUACACGUAUGCACCAGGCACUCGAAACCAAAGAUUUGUUUAUGUCCAUCCAUAUCCAGAUUCAUGGUAUCCAGAAUAUCAUACUGUUAUUAAAUAUAGAAAUAGUCGUGGAGCUCUUGUUGAUAAGAAGCUUGAAUGGCCUACAUAUAAAAGACAUUUUUAUCUUCCUUAUCGACUUGAUGUUGAUCUUUGUUAUCAAGCAAAGAGUGCAGCAGAUAUACCAUCUAAAUGGUAUGGGAAUAGACAUCUUAAUACUAUUGGUGAUAGUUAUCAGAUUACAGCAUCAGUAUGUAAUGCAAAAGAACCUAGACAAAUAUUCAUUCCAGUAUUUGCAUAA